GUUUGCUGAUCUGUGAUUGGCUCGUGCAGGACAUGGCUCUGGCUAACGAGGAGAACAUGCCCAUGUUUAUCCGCUGUGGCAUCAUGGCGUUGGUGGCAGCGUACCUCAACUUCCUGAGCCAGAUGAUCGCAAACCCCCCCUUCUGCCAGCACGUCAGCAAGGUCAUUGAGCUGAGGAGCAUGGACGCUCAGCACCUCCUUCCAGAACACAUCUUCAGAGACAAGUGUCCAAUCCCAGAAUCUCUGGACAAGGAGGACCGGCUGCUGUACUUCCAGACAGCCGACAUAGCCGAGUGUCUGGCAGGACCGGGAUACAACGCGGAGAGACUCUCCAUCCCCUACGUCCCCCAGGUCACAGUGCUCUACACAGUAGGAAAAAUCCUCCACAGGUGCAAGGAGCGGUCCAGAGAUCGUCUGACCAGGAGAAAGAGUUUCGUGGACACAAUCUCCCUUCAAGUGGACAUCGUGUCCAACUUCCUUCCAGACAAGUCCCAGCUAGCGGAGGAGAUCACGUUCGAGACCCUGAAGAAAGCCAUCGGUGAGAGCUGCCCCCCAUCGUGUCCCUGUGGACUCGCUGGAGUGUCUCACUGA